AUGAUAUACGGAACUACAGCUUCACGAUGCUAUAGAACAAGCAUCUACAGCUCAAGUCGCAUCUUUUCAAGGCUCUUGUCUACAGAGAAGCCUUCACUGCCGGUUCUACCAGCUCCAUCGAGCUCUCAGCAUCAUGACUUGCAGUCAUUCCUCGACUACGCACAGAGAAACUCGCUCUCUACGCAGAGCACAACGUACGUAGGAACUCUUUACGAAUAUACAGUGAAGCAGAGCCUACGGAGACACUUCAUCAACCUCGCUCGCAUUGGUGGCCGUUCAGACUCCGGCAUCGAUCUCGUCGGUACCUGGUCUCUGCCACCAUCAUCUUCAACUCAUCCGCUACGAGUACUGGUACAGUGCAAGGCAGUCAAGGCAAAAGUUGGGCCUAAUCUGAUACGAGAGCUUGAAGGGACCUUUUCUGGUGCACCUGUGGGCUGGAGGGGAGAAGGUAUUUUGGGGAUGCUAGUCAGUACGCGGGAUGCUACGAAGGGAGUUCGAGAUGCGCUCAUCAAGAGUCAAUAUCCGUUGAUUUGGGUGCUGGCUGAUUUGGAUGGGUCAAUUAGGCAGUUUCUAUGGAAUAGGAGAGCUGCUGAGGCUGGGCUAGAGGGCUUGGGGGUUCAAAUCAGGCAUGGAGGGGAGACGGAUCCUAUGAAGAAGACCGUUGUCUUGACUUGGAAUGGAGAAGAGCUGGAAGAGCCAAAGGAGUCAUGA